CGAGAAGUUAUUGCUCUUAUGGAAUUUGGGUUGAUUUCAGGGUCCAAAAUCAACUGGAUCUAGGGUAUACAGCAAUAUGCAGCGUCUACGGACCUCGGGGUCGUCGUUUAUUAGGUAUCUAACAGUACCUCAGAUGAGAAGAAAAGCUUUGGAUUCCUGGUCUGCUGUUCAGGACACUUAUUAUUCAGCAAAGGAUAUUUUUGAGAGCCAUAAAGUGGUAUUUACAAUCUCCACUUCUAUAGCAUCCGUUGCAACAGCAUGGUUUGGUUAUUCUCUACGCCAUUUUCAUGAGUCAAGAGUUGAUCAAAGGCUAGAAUCAAUCGAAAAAGCUAUGAAAAACACUUCUCAGUUGGAACACACUGAUAUCCAAAAGCUUGUUGGUUCAGGCAGUAUCAGUAUUCCAGCUUGUGCUGCCACUGCUGGAACCUCUUUCAUUCUUGGUUAUGGCUUGGGUUGGCGAGGUGGAAAAUGGUCUGCAAAUGGGAGGUUCAGAAAGGAGCAGAUGAAACUGUUAGGACAGCUAAAACCUAAAAGGUGGCACCUCAAGUUCCUUCAAAGACCAUUAAUAAGACCCAGAUUGCCCGGAAUUCUAAAGCGCAAAUUGCCAGAAAAUACUGUUGGAACAUCAGAAGCAUUGCAAAAGGACGUGUCUAUUCGCCACAACUCUGGAGACACACAACCUGCUUGUUAACAGCUAUGGAGGCGCGGAUUCACUAUCUGAUGCCAAUGAUGUGCAGCUCUCUUGCUGGUCAGCCUCAAAGAUCGCGAGUGACAUAAACAUUUUGUUCAGUAAAGAGAGGAACUUAAAGAUUAUGUUAAGGGCAUGAAUGCAAGGCAAGCUGUGUGUAAUCCCUUCCUAUAGUAUGUAAUCUGGCCAAAAUGUCUCCAUUUAUUCUCAAAAAUCGUGCUCAAAUUGUAAAUGUGGAUUUCAUUGUAAUCGAAUGUCCAUCAUGCUCUCAGUAAAAUAUGCGUUUCUAAGAUUUGCUCUAUUUUUACAUAAGGGGUUUAUGAAGAUGACUGAUUAGUUUUCCGUUUUAGAAUCAUGUCGUGCUUUGUCAUUCAGGUGGCGCUAUAA